UAUGACAAUAUUCGCUAUACGUUCGCCGCAGACGCGCGCGCACCGCGAAUCGCUGAUAAAUUGACACACGAUAUUUUUUUUUUGUCAUAAAAAGUGCGAGUGCUAAAAUUAUGUAGAAUAGUGAUUUGAAAUAAGUGACAUUUGUGAUUGGAUUAUUAAGUUUUUUCACUGAAGUUAGUGUGUAAUAUAAGAAAAUGGAAGAGCACGAAGGACCAGAGCAGGCGCACAAACUACUCGGCCAGAAGACGCAAGUCCAAAGAAGACCAGACAACGCCCUUACAAAGACACUACGAUCAUGUUGCGUGAUACCCCAGCGUUACGUACUCGGAGUGAUGGGCCUACUAGGAGUGUGCAAUGCUUACACCAUGCGAGUAUGUCUGAACCUGGCAAUCACCCAGAUGGUGAUCCACGUACCGAAGAACACAACAGGCCAGCCUCUCAACUAUACUGAGCCUGACACUUGCCCCAAUGAGCUGCAUGCAAAGAAAGUUGCUACGAAUCCAUAUGCAAUGUUCGAAUGGGACGAAAAAACGCAAGGCCUUAUCCUCAGUGGCUUCUACUACGGGUAUGCGUCAACACAAGUCCUCGGUGGUUACUUGGCUGAGAAGUUUGGAGGAAAAUGGACCUUAGGAUUAGGGUUACUAAGCACAGCCUUGUUUACCUUCUUGACUCCAGUCGUGAUCAGAGCUGGAGGCGCUACGUGGCUGUUUAUUCUUCGAGUGCUUCAAGGAAUGGGUGAGGGACCAACGAUGCCAGCACUCAUGAUAAUGCUGGCGAGAUGGGUGCCCCCUCACGAAAGAGGGUUCCAAGGUGCCUUGGUGUUCGGGGGAGCACAGAUAGGAAACAUUUUCGGUUCAUACAUGUCUGGAGUGCUGCUGGACGAAGGCAGAGACUGGGCUUAUGUGUUCUACUUCUUCGGAGGGUUUGGUCUUUUCUGGUUCACAUUAUGGAGUCUUCUGUGCUACAGCACGCCCAACACCCACCCCUACAUUUCGAAGAAGGAGCUGAGCUAUCUGAACACCCACGUGACUACAUCUGAGAACAAGUCUGCCAAAGACCCUGUGCCGUGGAAGGCCAUCCUUCGAUCAGCGCCCGCCUGGGCCUUAGUUUGUGCUGCGGUCGGCCACGACUGGGGCUACUACACCAUGGUGACCGACCUUCCCAAGUACUCGCACGACGUGCUCAAGUUCGACAUAGCCACCACCGGCAUCCUCACUUCCAUGCCCUAUGUCGCCAUGUGGAUCUGCUCCUUCCUAUUCGGGUUGAUCUGUGACCAUUGCAUCAAGAAGGGCUGGCACACCAUCAAGACUGGAAGAAUCAUUCACACUACCAUUGCGGCUACUGGUCCUGCAAUAUGCAUCAUUCUCGCUUCGUACGCGGGAUGUGACAGAACAGCUGCUAUGGCCUACUUCAUUCUUUCCAUGGCUCUGAUGGGAGGCUUCUACAGUGGAAUGAAGGUAAACGCCCUGGACCUUGCUCCCAACUAUGCAGGAAGUUUGACCUCAUUGGUUAACACGACCUCUACAUUCGCGGGGAUGGCCACACCUUAUCUAAUAGGGUUGAUGACGCCAAAUUCUACCCUAUCAGAAUGGCGAGGGGCCUUCUGGGUGUGUUUCGCAGUGCUCGUCGGCACAAACGUGGUGUACUGCAUCUGGGCGGACGGCAAGCAGCAGUGGUGGGAUGACGUCAGACAGUACGGGUACCCUCCAGGCUGGAAACACGGCUCUUUGAUCAAGGAAGAAGAGGUGGAACAACAACCAGAAUCGAUUAAACUCUCUGAUGGGAAGGAAUGAUGUUAAUAACUUGUUAGGUUUAAGUUAAGAAAUAGUUGAGAAUGUGAUGGCAGCGGGCUUUGAGCUCAUAAAUCAAAAUAAAAUUAAAUUAUCCCACAGCACGAUUUGUCGUCUGUAACAAAUGCACUUCUUCGGUGCAUUUAAAAAACAUGGUGUACAUAGACCUUUAGUAGCAAAUCAGUCAAUUUAUUUUGGUUUAGUACAGUGACCUUAAUUUUAUACGUAUCAAAUAUAAAUACACUCAAAGACGAAUUUAGGCCUGUAAUUUGUCCAAUUAUUGAAACUCAACAUGCAAUCACAGGCCUAAAUCUUGGGCUUCCUUUAAAUUAGGAAAUCGGUGCCAAUCGAAUAAAAUUAGUACAAGAAGGGCAUAAUAAAAUAUUCUUGGUUAAUAUUUUUUAGCAAAAAGUAGACAAUAAAAUGUUAUAGGGUCGGUACCAAUCGAAUAAUUAGUAAUACACGAACGUAAUAAAAAAGCAACAAUAUUUUAUACGCAAAAGUAUAAAAUAAAAUUGUAUGACCAUCGCAUUAUCACGAACCAGAUAAGUUCGAGUAGCUAUUUACGAUAACCAGUGAACUAGUCAGUGUGAAAUUGAAUGUAAGUGCAGUACAAAUAAAUAGUACCGUAUUUUAUGAUAGUACUUACUGCAAAUAAAAUUGCCCAUAUCGGUGUCCCUAUCUUAUGAACUCCAUAAUAGAUUUAUGCCCGUUUUCACCAUCAAUCCACAAUUUUCAAGUUACCCCUAUGGUAACACAUUACAGGAAUUUUCACUUAACUCAUGGUCACUUAAAAAUUAGGGAUUGAUGGUGAAAACGAGCAUUUAGCCUUUAUUUUUAUGUACUUUGGAAUGUACUUAUUUUGUUACGUUAAUUAUUGUAAAUAUGUUUACUAAAUAAUUAUAACAGUGUUAUUUCUGUAAGCAUCAAGUUAUAUUUCUAAGACCUGUUAUAAGAUUGAUUGCCUUUUUGACAAUAAUCAGUUAUGUUUAAAAAUAACCAAUGUCUAGUUGCUCGUUACAUUUUUAAAUGAGGUAAGAAAAUAAUAAUAAUAAAUGAUUGUCGCCUUGGUAGCCAUUCCGCAAUACGGAAUGGCUACCAAAAGCGAAAAAUGUACUGUACAACCAAUUUAUCAAUACAUUCCAUUGGGAAAAGACAUUUUCUUUCUAUCUUUUCAUUACAUUCGUUAUGAUAUUACCUCCAAUACACGUACCCUCAUUUUCUGGGCCAGUUGUUCAGGAAUCAGGAAAUUACCUGGGGCAACGAAUGGGAUUUAACGUUUUGUGUUCAAAUGGACGAUUUUUAGAUAAUGACGAUUUUAUUAGUAGAUUUAUUUUACAGUGGGGUUGGUCUAAAAAAUAAACCUAAUUACCAUACGUUUUUAAGCUAACAAAUAUGAAGGUUUUCAUGAAAAGGUCAAUAAAGGCGAAACGCAUUUUCAUAGUACUUAAGCAUACUUGAUUGUAAAUCAGUAAUUGAGAAAAACAUGAAAUUUAAAAAAAGUACAUAUCUGUAUACAUAGUACAUAUUUUUAUAUUUGCAUAAUAUUUUGGUAGGUAUGAGGAUUUUUGAAAGUUAUUUGAUUUUAUACCAGCAUUUUUAUAAGAGUUCUUAAGAUUUUACCAGCCCCAUCCCUAGUUUUAAGUUAGGUAUAGUUCUUGCAACUCGCGAAAGCGAGUGAGCUUUACUUGUGUGUGUACGUGUACAUGCACAUAACAAUAGUGUAAUGUCUAUUAAAACUUUUUAAAAACUAACAGUAGCGAGCCACCACACAUGUAGAGCUCACUCGCCUUCGUGAAUUGCAACAACUAUAAGUGAAAAUGUAAAGACGAAAGCACAUCAAGUUUCUGUGAAGUUGUACUAUUUGCUAUUUUAUAAACAUUUUUUUUAUCUGAACUUCAAGUACUGUCGACUCUACAUUACAUCUUGAAUCACGUUUACUGCCUUAAUGAUUGUUAAGUACCAUCUGAAUAAAUAAUUUACUCAUUUUA